UUUUAGGAACUUUACUUAGUUUUAAUAAAACAACAACUGUAAGAGGUAAGGACUAUUGGGGUCCCCCUUAUAAAAUGAUGAAAGUAAGGAACAGAGAGCUUUAGUAAAUGACCCAAAAUCUCUAUUUGGAAAAAAAAAAUAGUGAAGUUGCAGUUGUAGCUGAAGUAGUGUGGCUCCAGUGUCCACAUUAUUCACCAUAUGCUACAUUUUCUCUCUAAGAAUGUCUCAGAUCUUAUAGGUACAUACUCGGUGAUAGACUUACAGUCACUAUUUACUGUAAUCAUGAAAUCCCAUUUCCCACUGACUACCAUUUUUCAGUAAGGGUCAUGAGCUUGGAAAUUUUUAUUUAAUUGUAAAUUUAUAAAAAAUGAAAAAAAAUGUUAGCAGAAUACCGUAAAGGAGAGGUACACUCAUAGUUCUGCAGAUAGUUGACUAGAAAGGAGUCUGAAUUUCUCAAAUGUAAUCCUAUUGUUUUCCAGUGAGCAAACUGAGAUAAGACUUGUAAAUGCGUUCAGAAAAUGACCCAAAUCCAUGCCUUUUUACACUGAACAUGGAAUUUCUACUAGAACAUGCUUCAUUUUGGAAUCUGGUAACCAGGAUUCUUCUUUUUGCCUACUCUUGGUAUCUAAGUAGUGUUAUGAAUAAAACUGCAUCCCGCUGUUCUGUACCUUUUUCUACAGUGUCUAUUUUCUCCUCUCUCUCUACCUAGUUAAUCUCAAGAAUUCAGAAGAAAAAAACUCAUGGCAUAUUUGGUAGUUGGCGAUAGCCGUGAGUUAGUUCACUUGAGUUCAAAUUAACUGCUGAAAAUUUGAAUAUUGUGUGUAAAUAUGGUAAAAAUUGGAAUAUAAGCAAGGAUAAAAUGGAGAGAAUCACAGCUCCUUAUAAGGUGGACAGAAAGUCAGACUAAGUAAUUGCUAAAGGGAACAAUGUAAUACAAAUAUAAUCGUUAUUUAUACAGUUCAGAGUCCUGUCUUUUGGCAUGUAAUGAAAGACUCAUGAAUACUGAACAUCCUUCGAGGCAUGAAGGAAUGGAGUCUAAUAGUAGAAGGCCAGAGUACUGAGUGAGAUAUUUCAGAAAAUGUUAUUCUUGGUGCGACCCAGAUCAUACUGUAAAGAUACCAGAAAUACAAACACCAAGGGCUAAAGCUAUGUCAAUUUAUUUAUGUAGAGUUUAUUACCACUACCAAUCAAUUUAUUUUAUAUAGAGUUUAUUACCGCUACCAAAGAGUAAGGUUUUUGAGACCAAGAACCCAUUGCCUAUUCAUCACAGCUGACUUCUAUGCCAAGAAAAAUGCUUUAAAUAAGAAGUUUUGUAAUAUAUGAAUGGCUAUUGGAGCUUUAACACUCCUUCUGUAUGGAAUAUUCACUAAAACAUGGAGGUAGAAGCCUUUACCUGUGGCUGAAAAUAAAAUCUUUGAGGAGAAAUAGAGUCAUCAAGGGAAGAUGGGCUCUUUGAAUGAGAAACUCAGUAGAGACUUACUCAAUGUUUAUUGUGUUUUAAUCACUAUUCAGGAUACAACAGUGAAGAUGUGCUCUGUGACACAAUGGAUGUGAUCAUAUUCCUGUUCAUUAUUCCAUUACAGGUCCUGUUCUCCUGAGCUCUAACCUCUGAUACACCUUCUGAAAAAGAGUAAAUGAGACAGAAUAACAGUAUUACAGAAUUUGUCCUCCUGGGCUUCUCUCAGGAUCCUGAUGUGCAAAAUGCAUUAUUUGUCAUGUUUUUACUCACAUAUAUUGUGACCAUGGUGGGGAACCUGCUCAUUGUGGUGACUAUUAUUGCCAGCCCUUCCUUGGGCUCCCCAAUGUAUUUCUUCCUUGCCUGCCUGUCAUUUAUAGAUGCUGUGUAUUCCACCACCAUUUCUCCCGUAUUGAUUGUAGACUUACUCUGUGAUAAGAAGAUUAUUUCCUUCUCAGCUUGCAUGGGCCAGCUAUUUAUAGGCCACUUGUGUGGUGGUGCUGAGAUCUUCCUUCUGGUGGUGAUGGCCUAUGAUCGCUAUGUGGCCAUCUGUAAGCCACUGCACUAUUUGACCAUCAUGAAUCGACAGGUUUGCAUCCUUGUCUUGGUGUUGGCUGUGACUGGAGGUUUUGUGCAUUCUGUGUUUCAAACUGUUGUUGUGUACACUCUCCCCUUCUGUGGCCCCAAUGUCAUUGACCACUUUUACUGUGACGUUUACCCGUUAUUGGAACUGGCGUGCACUGACACCUACUUUAUAGGCCUCGCUGUUGUUUUCAAUGGUGGAGCAAUGUGUAUGGUCAUCUUCACCCUUCUGCUAAUCUCCUAUGGGGUCAUCCUAAACUCCCUUAAAACCUACAGUCAGGAAGGGAGGGGUAAAGCCCUGUCUACCUGCAGCUCCCACAUUACCGUGGUUGUCCUGUUUUUUGUUCCCUGUAUUUUCAUAUAUGUGAGACCUGUUUCAAACUUUUCUAUUGAUAAAUUCAUGACUAUAUUUUUUACAGUUAUUGCACCCAUUUUGAACCCUUUUAUAUACACGUUGAAAAAUUCAGAGAUGAGAAAUGCUAUAGAAAAACUCUUGUGAUCCCAAAGUGGGAAGGCAGGACUGAGAUGCUCCCAGCUCAAUUAAGAAGUCAUCCCAUCAUGGCAUCUGUUUGAAGUUCAAGAUCUCAGCCUCUAUAUCCAGACUGAGAGUGGAUGGAGCUGCUAGGGUUCAGGUCCUAUUGUGCACAUUUUAAAUUAUGGUUUUUCUCUAUUAUACAUCUAUUGAGUCAGGAUAUUUCUUCCAUAUGCCGGGCACAGAAUGGAGAAAGGGAGGAACACGUAAUUAAAAUAGAUGCUUCUGUUCAAAAGGGAAGGCUACGGUGAUUCCCUCUGAGUAAUUUAUUUAAAGGCCUGGGGAAUAUACAAGCACCAUAUUCACAAAUGUCUUUGAAACUGGCCCUUCUCAGGUUUGAGCUGAAACUCUAUUUGCCAUCAGAAAAUACUCUUAAGAUUCUUAGAAUUAUGUUCGUACAGUUUAAAGUACUUUUGAGACACACCAUUAAAUUUUUCUGAAGUCUUUUCAACGUGUCUUAACAUCCACAACUUUGAAAUGACUUUUAUUUUGAUGACCUUUCUUACUUUUAGAGUGCUUAGCUCUUUGCAGAGACUGGAAAGGGAAACGAUUUUUAUCUCUGAAACCAUCAAGUUCUGGCUCUUUUAUGUUUCUUGUAAAUUCUGUCUGAAAAUGUAACAGUUAAUCUUUUAAGUAAUACAUAUAUAUAUUUUAAAAAUCUAUGACUUAUAAGGUACAGUAGUGCUAUAAGAAACAGCUGUAACUUUCAAUAUUCUAUUUGGAAAUUUUAGCCAAAUCCACCUAUUAAGUACAUUUUUUAUUUUCUGCCUUAUUAUAGGUGACAGAAUUACUAAAUUUUUUCAGCACUGGAUAGUGACUGACUUUUUUUAUAGCCUGCAGAACAGUUACAUCUGUAUUUUCAGCCUUUACUUAUAAUAUCCUGGAGGCCCGUAUUUUCGUAUACUAAAGCCAGUGCCAUACACUUUCAAUUGUUGUUAUGGAAGCACUACACCUUGACUUGCCACUUUUUAUUCUGGUUCUUUCUUCGUGUAUGGUGCAGGACUCCACAUUUUGUGAUUUCAUACAACCAUCAUUUUAUUUUAUCUCAAAAUUUUGUGAAUCAGGAAUUCAGAUAGUAGUUGGCUGGGUAUUUCUUCUGUUUUGUUUGGCAAGGACUGAAGUCACUGUCUUAUUCAACUGAUAACUGAGAUUUAUGUAAAUGCAGGAUAACUCAAUUCAUAUUUGUAGCCUAUUGGAAGGGAUCACAGUAAGAGAUGCGCUGGAUCCCUCUUCCUUUCUCUUUAAAUGAAGGAACACAAGAUCACUCCAGAGAAUAGUCCAGCGUUUUACAUGGUGGUCAG